AUGAAUACUCCGUUUGUUGAAGGAUGGAAUAUUGUUCAAACAUUGGGCGAAGGGACAUUUGGCGAAGUAAAACUUUUAAUGAAUCAAAAUAAUCAUAGCUUUGUAGCCAUGAAGACAAUAGAUUUGCAAAACUAUUCUGAUGCAUUGGAUGCGGUAAAAAAAGAAGCAGCUAUACAUAGCCGAUUGAAUCAUUCAAGUAUAAUAAAAUAUUAUGGACAGCGUCAUUCUAUUGAUACUUAUUAUAUAUUCUUAGAAUAUGCAUCUGGAGGUGAAUUAUUUGAUAGAAUUGAACCGGACGUUGGAAUGUCGCUGUCUGAUGCUAGAAAGUUCUUCAAAGAGUUGAUUGCUGGAGUUGAAUAUUUACACAAUAAUGGUAUAGCGCAUAGAGAUUUGAAACCAGAAAAUUUAUUAUUGGAUGAAUAUGGAAACCUAAAAAUAAGCGAUUUUGGAUUAGCCACUAUGUUUCUAUGUGGUGGGAAACGGCGUAAGCUGGAUAAGAAAUGUGGAACUAUUCCUUAUUUAGCACCAGAAGUUCUUUCACUUUUACCUUAUCAAGCAGAACCUUCUGAUAUUUGGGCAUGUGGUAUUAUACUGGUUUCGAUGCUCGCUGGAGAGUUGCCUUGGGAUAUGCCAUCUGAUAGUGAUGAAGAUUAUAAAUUGUGGAAAACUACUGACUAUGCUAAUCAUUCACCAUGGAAGAAAUUAGAUAAUUUAGCCUUGUCUCUUGUGAGAAAGAUAUUAACACCAACACCGUUCAAAAGAUAUGAUAUAUUAAAAAUUCAGUCACAUCAUUGGUUCAAAAAGUCAGAAACUCGAGAUAGGAAAAAAGUUGGAAUUUCCGUUCGGUCCGGCAGAGAUUUGGACGAUGGUCGUCAAUGUUAUUCUCAACCAGCUUCGGCAGCUAUUGCAUUCGAUACUUCCAUGUCACAUAGUGAAUCUGAAGUACGUUCAUUUUCCCAGCCAACACAGGUGGACGAUUUGCUUUUGUCUUCACAACUUCUUACAUCACAGCCCAUCUCCACACCAAAUAAUUCUAUGCAGAAAUUAGUCAAGAGAAUGACAAGAUUUUUAGUCAAUUUAGAUUACAAAGCAGCAUUAUCCAAUUUAGAACUGUUCCUGGAUGAUUUGGGAUACAUAUGGAAGAUCAAUACGCCUAGUUUGCUUACAAUAACUACUACAGAUCAGCGCUUGGUCUUUAAAUCAAAUGUAAUUCCAAUGAAUCAACAAACUCUGAUUGAUUUCAGACUUUCAAGAGGCUGCGGUUUAGAAUUUAAGCGACAUUUUGUUUCCAUUAAAAAUUCAAUGUCUACAUUGAUUGAAGUUGCAUGGCCUAUUGCUACUGAAACUAUACCUUAA